AGGCAUAUUCCAUUGGUCCAACAAGGAAAUUUAUCUCGGAAGAAACACGGAUUGUACUUCACUAGUUCCGCAUAGAGAAAAAAAAAAACAGCCAAUGCAGUCCUCACUUUCAGCCGAUAUCUGACAUCGAUCAGUGAUUACCCGUACGGCUGGAAAUUGGCUUGUAAUUCGACAGUGUUGGAACGUAGCAUAGCCUGCAUCAGAACCGAUCAGUGAGACAGCGUCGGGACAGAAGAUAUGAGCAGGGUGUGCAAGUGCUGCUGAUAGCCUGGUAGCAAAACUCACCUGUGUAUUCUGUGGUGGUGAUGGAGAAUAUCGAGGAGUCUUCGCCCCUGCGGAUCACCCCGACCGUCCGGGCGCUGAGCUCCGCACUGCGGCGGGAGCGGGAAAAUGUCCCCGUUUCCAGCCGGGAAUCCGGCGACAGGAUCUUCCCUGAACCCGAGAAGCUUUGGUUCAAGGAGAGCAGCGCUAAAAACCUGCGUAACAGGGACUUCUUGUCGCCGACCACGAUGCUUAACACGCUGUAUGCGGACGGACAGGUCCCUCCAGCAGUGAUGUCCAGGGUCCUGUCACUCCGUGGCAGUGGGGUUCUCCCUGUGGCUGGUGGGGAAGUAAUGGGUGAGGGGCUAAGGGUGAGGGUGGACCGGUCCGCAGCCUUCCGGUCUGUCCUGGCAAAUGGAGCCACAGAGUACCUGAAACCCUCAAGUCAGAGGCAAGGCUGUGUGGUGCUCAACUGCCCUGCACUGCACCCUAAACCCAACAUACCCACGCCUGAAACACUGACUCUGGGCCAGCUGAGGACUGUUCUGUUGGCUGACCACAUGGGGGAGCUGUUGAGAAGACAGGGAUUUGCAGUCUCCUAUUGCCCCACUCUUCCCGAGGAAAGCGACAUCAUCAUCUUUCUCCGAGCUCUGGGCAUCGAUUGGCCGACAGCUCCGGCCAACUGGACCAAUGAGGAGCGGGAGGAGAAGAUUCAGGAUGCGCUGGAGAACUCCCUGUACAGAGAAAGGGAAACAGAAAGAGGCAGGAGGACCAGUGGAGGAGGGAGCAAGGCGGAGGAAGGGGAGAACGAGGGAGCACUUAGGGUCAACCUGAAACGAGUGUUCCAGGAGGAGGGGCUGCUGGGAUAUGACCCCAGCCUUGGUACCUGCAUAGUACACAGAGACAGUAUUUCCCACUUGGCGCAACUGGACCUUGCAACUGCCGACUGCACAGUAGCCAUGGCAACAGCAUUACAUGUGACUUCCUGUCAGGAUGAGUUCCGCCAGCAGCAGAUAGCAGUGCUGUGGAGAGCCAGUGGAUCGACACACACACAGAGACAUCUGGUGUGUGGGCCUGUAAAGACUCCUGGUUCUCACCUCACUGCUGCACAAUAUCUGCAGCUGAGAAGAGGUCAGAUGAAGGAGGCCUCUGAGAUGAAGUAUGGAGAUCAAGUAGAAGGGCAGACAUGGGAUGACAUCAUCAGGGUCAUGACCUCUGCAACUGUCAGAUUUGAGCUCUUGUCAACAGUCCACACCAGUCCUGUGACACUGGACGUCCAGAGGGAAGGGGGAGUGUCUACCAAAGGGCCGCGAGGAGGAGUGUUUGUGAUGUAUAACUGUGCCAGACUACACACUCUUUUUGACAGCUACGAGAGAGGAGUAGAGAAGGGUUUAUACCCAGAAAUCCCUGAAGGCUCCCAGCUGGACUUCUCUGCUCUGAAAGAAGAGGGCGAGUGGCUUCUUCUGUUCAAUUACCUCAUACCGUUCUCCGAGCUGCUGGACCAAUCAGGACAAGCGUUAGACUGUGAAGGGGGAGGAGCCAGAGUCAAUAUUAAGACUGAGCAGAUCUGUAAAUUUCUCGUGUCUCUCAGUAAAGACUUCAGCUCGUACUACAACAGAGUCCAUGUGCUGGGGGAGCCGUUGCCUCACCUCUUCAACCAGAUGUUUUGUCGUUUGCAUCUGUUGAGAGUGUUGAGAGAGCUCUACCACAGCGCGCUGGACACCCUUAACCUUCCCCCCAUCAGGCAACUAUAGCCUCGACAUGUUUCCCUCCUCUUGUGGUCACUGUUGGCCCUACACUCAAUCACACAAACACACACUCACUUAUGUUUUUUAAUUGUAGUUCAUCACAUACACACUUCUUUAAGCUAUAAAAAUGUAAUAAAAUAAGACACAUAGUCACAUUUCCCUCUAUUUCACAAUGUUACAGCAAAGUUUGGGGCUGUUUGUCAAUAAUGAAAUCUUUUUUUAACUAACCACUGUCGGUGAUAAUUUGACAUUUUAGCAAGUAUGCUUUUUUGUUUCUUACUGCGAGUUGGAGGAGAAGAUGAAUACCUAAUGUCUGUGCAUUAAAUAUGAAGCUGCAGCCGGUUGACUAGGCUUAGCAUAAAGACUGGAAACAGUGACAAACAGCUAGCCUGUCUCUUUGUCCACAGGUAGCAAUAAGCAAUUAACAUGUUACAUCUUGUAAUUUAUACAAAAAGUGCAAACCUU